AUGGAUACGCUAUUUUCCAAUCCGCACCUGGGCAGCGUGUUAGACUAUGGGCUAAAACCACCUCACUCUGAGAGUUUCCGAGGCGACCCGUGCUAUGACUAUGACUAUGAGUAUGACUAUGACUAUGGCUAUGACUAUGUCUAUGGCUACGACUAUGACUAUGACUAUGGCUAUGACUAUGAGUACGGCUAUGACUAUGACUAUGGCUAUGACUAUGAGUAUGACUAUGGCUAUGUCUAUGGCUACGACUAUGACUAUGGCUAUGACUAUGAGUGUGGCUAUGACUAUAACUAUGGCUAUGACUAUGACUAUGGCUAUGACUAUGAGUAUGACUAUGGCUAUGUCUAUGGCUACGACUAUGACUAUGGCUAUGACUAUGAGUGUGGCUAUGACUAUAACUAUGGCUAUGACUAUGACUAUGGCUAUGUCUAUGGCUAUGUCUAUGGCUAUGACUAUGACUAUCGGUAA